AUGGCGUCUUCUUCAUCAUCAUCCACUCAGAAGAGCUACAUGUAUGAUGUCUUCUUGAGCUUUAAAGGUGAAGACACCCAUAAGAAUUUUGUUGAUCAUCUUUAUGAGGCUUUUGAGCGGCAAGGAAUUCACAUUUUCAAGGAUGAUGAAAGGCUCGAGAAAGGAAAAAGGAUCAACGAUGAGCUCUUGAAAUCCAUUGAAGAGUCAAAAUUCUACAUCGUUGUAUUCUCCAAGAACUAUGCAUCGUCGUCUUGGUGUUUGGAUGAGCUUGUUAAGAUUAUGGAAUGCCAGAAGGCAACAGAGCAGAUUGCUUACCCUGUGUUCUACAAUGUGGAUCCCUCUGAAAUUCGCAAACAACUUGGCCCAGUUGGAGAAGCUUUUGCCAGACAUAAAAACAGCGGAGAGGCGGCGAAGUGGAGAGAGGCUCUGGAAGAAGCAGCAAAUCUUGCUGGGUGGAAUUUGAGGAACACUUCUGAUGGGCAUGAAGCUAAAGUCAUCAAUAAAAUUGUUGAAAAGAUUUCUCUCGAAUUACGUUUCAUUAAUUUUGAAGUCGAUGAAAAAUUAGUAGGCAUGGAGAUCCGGGUGAAGCAUAUUCUUUCAUCUUUGGAAAUGGGUGUUGAAGAUGUCCGCAUGAUAGGCAUCAAGGGAAUGGGAGGCGGUGGAAAGACAACUUUGGCCAGAACUGUUUUCAACAAAAUAUGUUUUUCCUUUGAAGUUAAAAGCUUUCUUGAAAACGUCAGGGAAGUUUCAAAAGCAUCAAUGUCCGGAUUGCCAUCGUUGCAAAAACAAGUACUUUCCAAUGUCUUAAAUGACAGAAGUCUCAACAUAGGAAGUAUUCAUGAAGGGAAAAGCAUAAUGAGAAAUACGUUGUGUCGAAAAAAGGUUCUUCUUGUUCUUGAUUACGUGAAUCAUUUAGACCAACUAGACGCAUUAGCUGGUGGGCUUAAUUGGUUUAAACCGGGAAGUAGAAUUAUUAUUACAACAAGAGAAGAGCAAGUGCUCGUAGCUGGCCGAGUGAAGUCUAUUCAUGAUAUCAGUUUGUUAUCACAAGAGGAAGCAAUGUGCCUCUUCAGUAGGUACGCAUUUGGUAGAGAUAUUCCAAUCCAAACAUACAAAGAGCUAUCACUCAAAGUUGUCCAUUAUGCUAAUGGUCUUCCCUUAACAAUCAAAGUUUUGGGUUCAUCUCUUUGUGGGCAAAAUGUGCCCGUUUGGGAAGAUGCACUAAAAAGACUAACAAAAAUUCCAUUGAAAGAAACCAUGGAAAAAUUGGAGUUAAGCUAUACAUGCUUGGAGGAAGAUUACAAGGAGAUGUUCUUGAAUAUUGCAUGCUUUCUAAAAGGAUGGCGGAAAGAACGUGCAAUUCGAGCACUUGAAAGCUGUGGAUUUCAUGCUGUGAAUGGAUUAAGAGUUCUUGAGCAAAAAUCUCUUAUAAGUAUUUCUCUUGAUCAGAAGUUAGGCAUGCAUGAUCAUCUAGAGGAAAUGGGCCGGAACAUUGUUCGUUGUUGUGACCCUGAUGAGCCUAUCACACAUAGCCGACUGUGGAUUCGGGGCGAGAUUGAAGAGGUAUUGGGUAGUGAAUUGGUGACCGAAGCCACCAGAGCUAUAGCAACGAACACAUUUGCAUGGGAAGGUGAGGAGAAACACCGCUCUACAAUUCUUACAAAAGGUUUUGGAAACAUAAAGAAACUUAGAUUUCUUCACUUGCUUUCUGACUUCCAAGAUGAUUACGAAUUUGGCCAAACUUUCCCAAAUACGUUACGACUUCUAAGUUGGGUACGUUACCCUCAUUGGUGUUUGCCUAAAACAUUUCAAGAAAAUAAUCUGGUUGCACUUGAAAUGCCUUUUAGCAGAAUUAAAACACUAUGGGAAGAAGGAGAAAGAAAGGUUCUUAAAAACCUCAGGUUCCUUGACUUGAGUUAUUCACGUUUGAUGACCCUUGAUUUUGGCUUACUUCCGAAUCUUGAGACAUUAAAUCUCGAUGGAUGCUAUAAUUUGGUAGAACUUCACCUGCCCACUGGAUGCCUUAGAAGGCUUGUAAACUUAAAGUUAAAUUAUUGCAGGGAAUUAAAAUUUUCAUUUAUCAAACAACUGGAAUCACUUCAGGUUCUUGGUCUAAGUUAUUUAUAUCUGAAUGAGUUCCUAGAUAUACUUCCGCAAGAUGUCAACUAUAGUUUUCUGGAGCUUAGCCUUUCAAGGAACAAUUUCCAAGAACUACCCUCAUCAAUUGGAAAUCUUCAAAAUCUUGCUUCUUUAGAUCUUAAUGAGUGCAAAAGGCUCAAGAGUCUGCCACAAAGCAUAUGUAGUUUACGACAUCUAAAACAUCUUUACCUUCAUAAUUGUGCGAUAGAGGAAUUGCCCGAGUAUCUUGGCGGUUUACAAAGUUUAGAAUCGCUUGAUUUAGGGGGUACACGUGUCAAACAUCUCCCAAACAGCAUUUGUAUGUUAAAACAUCUGAAAACUCUACGUCUUUUAUAUUGUAAAGCUCUUACUAAGUUACCUCAGGAUCUUGGCCUAUUAGAAUCAUUGGAGGAACUACGUCUACCAUUUUCCCAUAUAAGAGACCUUCCGACUAGCAUCUAUGAGUUGAAACAUCUCAGGGAGCUUGAUGUUUCCUACUGUUUUCAACUUAAGAAAUUGCCCGAGAAACUAGGAGACUUGGCACAUCUCAAAAUCUCAACCUUUCCAAUCGUGUUCAACUUAAGAAUGCCCAAGAGUCUUUGA